AUGUGCGCGAGACGGUGGUGCGUUUGGUUUGGUAUCGUUGUACUCUUGUGGACCUCCGUUAUUGACGGCGAUGCCGUUCAGCAGCCAGCGGUGGCUCUUUUCGACAGCGAGAGUCGGAAGGUCCUGUCCACCACUGCUUGGAGCGACAUUGACUUUGGUGGACAUAGCAUCAUAGGUGGUGGAAAGCGGCCUGCACGGGUGCUUGCGCUUCAAGCGACACUGCCUGUGACGGGCAAUUCAAAGAGAACAGGAGGCGACGUGAAGUUGGAGAAGGAUCUCUUUUUGAUUCCGUACUGUUUCUCUUCCGCCCAAGCGACUGGUGCCCUAAGGGGUGGCACGGCAGCUUCCUGCUCUCUGAGCCGAUUUGAGGGGUAUGUGCUGCUGCGGUUCCGUGGUGGAUGGGAGGAUAAUUUUGCGGCUUCACUGUGGCAGGACUCCACGCCGAGCAUCCAGGUCGAAAUUGCCAGGCAUAUUUUUCGUGAGGUUUUUAACGACAGCAGCGUAACAUUUCCCCUGCCGCGUGUGGACUCCUCUGCCGAUAUCUCUAAGUCUUCUGGUAUUGUUCGACGAUACGAACUCAUUGGGAACUGCAACGACUUUACCGACGAGUGCUUUCAGGCGCGUUACAUGACGUACACCACAAGUUUCAAGGAGAUACCACUGGAGAUGUACACUGGAAGAAUGAUUUUUCAUCUGGGGCAUCUCGGGGCUUGGAACAAUCCCUGGACACUACGGCUUCAGGGCACGAUGCCUCAUGAAUCCUACACGAAUGUCAGCGUUGUCUUCCUGUUGGUUGACACACGCGAAUCUUUUAAUUGGGCAAUGUGGUUGACCGCAACUCUGUCUGGUCAGUUAUUCCUGGUUGCACUGUGCGUUGCGACGGUGGUAUCUUUUAUUCUGAGCACGAAGGAGUUGGGGAUGCGGCUUUCAGAGCCAGUUGCAUUGAAUGAGCGCCGCACCACUGUUCUCUAUGAAGAAAAUGAACAGGACGACAUGUGUUGCCGACAACUUUACCAGAUUAUGAUGGCUGCUAAAGAGACGUGCAUGAAAAUCGCCACGCAGUUAUGCGUGACCCAACACGCAGUUUGCCGUUAUCUUAACUGUCGGACGCGACGCAGGUGGGGAGAAGUGUUGUCGCCUGUCGUGACAGACGGUGAAAUGCGAGAGAAAGCCACAACGGAGGAGGCCCACCAAAGAGUAGAAUUGCGAAAUGUCUCAGGGGCUGUGGAUGAUUGUGGUGAAGAGAGCGGUGACGAUGAACACACAUGCCGCAUCUGUCGCUGCAAGAAACCUGUGGAUGAAUUAUUCUCCCCAUGUGUCUGUGAUGGCUCUGCUAAGUACGUGCAUAGAAGCUGUUUGGAAAGGUGGCGCGCCACGACUUCAAAUGCGGAACAUCAAAGAGUGUGUGCGGAGUGUAAAACACCAUAUAUUUUAAUCUUGGAGCGAGUUCCAGUAUCAACUGAUGAAUUCUUUCACAGCCCAGUUUGUGUUCCGGCGUGCCGUAUUCUGGCUACCCGCGCGUUGGGUCUACUCCUCUUUGUUUUUCUGCUUUGGGGUGGCGGGUAUUACCUAAAAUUCUGCAUUUAUCUCUUCACAGGUCUAGAUGAAGGGAUUGUGUGGUCGGCAGCCAACUUUUACCACUGGGUCUUGGGGCUAUACAGUAUUGUUGCUUUGUGUCUCAACACGUGGGCCCUCGAGUAUAUUUUGACCGAUUUUGUUGAGUCUUGGCAACAAUUGUUGCUUCUUGUCAUGUCUCUCUGCACAGUUGAGAUUCCGCUAAAUUACGUGGGUCAAGUAGUCUUGUCAUGGCUGAUGAACAGGUUUUGUUCACUCGAGGUAUCAUACGGCUUGGGCAUUAUUGUUACUGCAAUGUCAUCUGUGACAUUACUUCCCCAUCUGUACGUAUUUUUGCAGUCGCUCUCCGCCGAGCGUGAAAUUGUUGCACCACGUAGUGAAGAAGUAUAG